UGCACGUGCCAUUCAUAUCCAGGUGGCGUAGCCCCUGGAACCCCAUCAGCGGCCAUGAUCAUGGAAGGGCUUGAAACCCUAGUGGCGCCAUCGCAUCACACAUUCCUACUCACCGAAUCAGCUGCUGCGGCGCACUUCAAUGUUUUAAGUUUUGACACAUGCCUCUUUAAAACCUCCGCCCAGUCGAGCCCCUCAACGUCGGGCGCCACAUAUCUCACCACACCCACAAGUUUUGGCGGCGGUCCAUUGGGUACCCAAACCCUGCUGCAUUAUAAUCUCUCCACAUCAACAUCAUCGUCAUUGUCACCCACCUCGUUAGCUGACACCUCAGCAGCAGCAGCAGCCGGAGCCGCCUCAAUAUCAGCUACCGCCGGUACCACAAGUAUUGCCGGUACUACAGCAUCCAACAACAACUCAUCGCGUCAUUCUCAAAAUUCUCAACGUUUGGCCAGCAUAUCGGUGGCACCUGAAACCCAACAACAACAGGGCUCACCUCUGCAACAUCAUCAUCAGCAACACCACCACCACCAGCAACAUCAGCAUCAUCAUUCACAACAUAAUAGUCCCUCAAUUGCCAGUGCUGCUGUUACCAUAUCGACAAAUACGAACAGUGGUCGUAAUUCGGCAUCACAUCUAAGUCUAUUGAAUACCACACAACAUAGUCCAGUGGCGUGUGCCAGUGUUGCCUCGGUGGCCGAUAGUGUUGAUAUUAAACACAACCAUUUGGAAGCCCAAUCGGGUGAUUUAAAUACCCCAGUAACCACAUCGAGUGAUAUACCAUCAUUUUUUGGACCCUCAACUGUUGUGGAACCACCACCAAUAACAGGUUCAAUUGAAUCUGAAGAUUUAUCAUUGGAGCCACAUACAGUGGCCACCAGUCCGGUGUUGUGUAGCCCCCUGAAGGAGGAGCGCAGUACCCCGCCCACAUUAACAAUUGUUAAGGAAGAAACAAGUAAUAAUAGUUGUACAAUGUAUCCCAUUACCACUACCACCACCACAAGUGCCGCAAGCAUACACAACAAUACAACAACCACACAACACCAUCAUCAUCAUCAGCAACAACAACAACACCUAAGUCAAACACCGGCCACCUCAAGCCAAACACAUACAACACAAAGCAAUACAACAACACAGCUGCAUCAUCAACAGCAACAUCAUCAUCAGCAACAACAACAACACAAUACACAACACAUGCAUGUGGGCCAACAAUCGCCACAACAUCAUCAACACUAUCAGCAACAACAACAACAAAACCAAUUGUAUCACAAUCAAUUACACCAACAACACCUGCAACAGCAACACCAAUUGCAUGUGCAACAACACCAACACUAUCAACAGCAACAACAACAACAUUUACAACACUCCCAUCAUCAUCACCAACAGCAACAUCAUCACUAUCAACAGCAGCAACAACAACAACAAGACCAGCAUGCAAUUAAUAAUAGCCCCUCUAAUAGUAGUAGUAGUGGUAAAAUAUCAUAUCGUGGCAUUUUUACUACCACAGGUAAUAACGCCGCCGCCGCCGCCAUGAGUGGCCUAAAUGCCGCAUCGGCAGCAGCCGCCGCCGCAGCCGCUGCUGGUGCCAAUGUCCAUCAUCAAACGCAACAACAACAUCAACAAUCACAUAGCCAACAACAACAAUCCCAGAUGCACUCACCAUCCCUGGCUGUUUUGCCCGGACCCAUGUCACCACCCUCUGCCGGUUUGGGCAACAGCUGGAAUCUACCCAGUCCCGAUAAGGCUCUAUUCCAACCGCCCAUGUUUAGUUUACUUGGUCCUGGACCACAAAAUGCCAGCCAGGCUCACUAUGCCAGCCAUCAGCAACAGUCAACCAUUCCCGCCUCAACUCCCUCGCCCUCUGCCCAACAUCAUAUGCAUGCCGCUGCAGCAGCUGCUGCUGCCGCCGCCUAUGAUGACGGCCGUCAUGUAGAGCUUUUGGGCUUGCAAAUGGACUGCUCUCCCAUACUGCUCAAACAAUCCGCUCCGCCCAGUUAUGGUAGUGCCGGCACCUUCACCAGCUUGGCUGAUAUGCAGCAACAGGCCCAGAAUGCCCAUGACUUACAGCAGUAUCGCCAGCAAAUGGGUGUGUCCACACCCAAAUAUCAAUGGCUUGAUUCGCCGGCCGAAUACUCAACGGGUAGCCAACAAACGGCAACACUCGUUCUGCCCGGUCCCUCAUCCGCCUCUUCGAGUACCGCUCUGGGCGGUGGUAUUAUACCCAAACAGGAAGCUUAUGCUGAACCCACACACACACCCACCCAUCACAUGCAAACAUCAAGCUCAUCCACCGGUGGUGCAGGAUCUCAGACCACAUUCUCCGUGGUACAGCUGGCCGAAUAUAGCCCGUCCACCAGCAAAGGUCACGAAAUACUCUCACAGGUCUAUCAACAGAGUGCCAUGCCAUUGAAACUAGUCCCCGUCAAGCCACGUAAAUAUCCCAACCGGCCCAGUAAGACACCGGUGCAUGAGAGACCCUAUGCCUGUCCCGUGGAGAAUUGUGAUCGCAGAUUCUCCCGCUCCGAUGAACUUACCCGCCACAUACGCAUUCAUACUGGUCAAAAACCAUUCCAAUGUCGCAUUUGCAUGCGUUCGUUUAGUCGUUCGGAUCACCUGACCACCCACAUUCGUACCCAUACGGGAGAGAAGCCAUUCUCCUGUGACAUUUGUGGUAGGAAAUUUGCCCGUUCCGAUGAAAAGAAACGGCAUGCCAAAGUUCAUCUUAAGCAGAGGGUGAAAAAGGAAAAACUGAGUCAGCAACAACAACAACAACAGCAGGCGCAACAACAACAGGCCCAGCAACAACAACAGCAAAUGCAGAUGGCCCAAUCCAGUGCCGGCCAGCAUCAUCAUUCACAUCACUCCCAUAUGCUUCAUUCCUCCGAUAUUUCCAUAGUACCAUCCAGUGCUACCAGUUUGUAGGUGGAGAAGAAAACUCAGGCUACGAUGCUGCCGUC